AUGGUGUCUAAAAACGAAGACGAUGAGCAACGUCGCUGUGUCCUCUGCAAUGAUGGACGCAGCGACUGGAGCAAGAUGCACCACCUUGCUGAAGCUGUCAACGACCACAAAAGUGCCGGUGCGCUCUUGCGCAUCGGAGGGAAAACCAAAGGUUAA